AUGCCAGACCUCGACGCCGAGACAGAGGUAUACGGUAUGGACGGCACCAAGCUAAAGCCGCUCGAUACUGUAUACACGUUCGAUCAAUUGAUUGAUCAUAGCAAUCCCAGUCUAGGAACUUUCAAACAGAGAUAUUACUUCACAUAUCAAUAUUACCUUCCCGGUGGUCCUGUUGUCAUGAUGACACCUGGCGAGAACAGCGUAGAUGGCUUCUACUCAUAUCUCACCAACGGGAGCAUGGUUGGCCAGAUUGCACAGCAGCAAAAUGGCGCAGCUAUAAUUCUCGAGCAUCGUUUCUAUGGCAAAUCGAAUCCCUACCCUGACCUGUCGGUCAAGUCGUAUCAGGUCCAUAGCAUCGAUCAGGCCGUCAACGACCUCGUAUACUUCUCCCAGAAUGUCAAGCUUGCUAUGCCUGGAGGAAAUCAGAUAAGAAGCCAGAGGAAUGCGUGGAUUUUGCUCGGCGGUAGCUACUCGGGUGCUCUGACGGCAUGGACGGUCAAUAGCAAUCCCGAUGCAUUCUGGGCUGGCUACGCAUCUUCAGCCGUAGUACAGGCUAUAAAUGACGGGUGGAUGUACUUCGAACCUAUUCGCACCCACAUGCCCUGGAAUUGUAGCGCUGAUUGGCAGGCACUGAUCGGACACUUCGACAAGAUUGCGUUCAACGGUACCAAAGAGGAGCAACAAUCCCUCAAAACCCAGCUCGGUUUCCCCAAUGUCACAUAUUUGGACGAUGUUGCUUCUGCGCUGCGUGACCCAAUCUUCAUGUGGCAAGAUAUGGAUCCUUCGAGUGGACCAGGGGAGCCUUUCUACAAGUUCUGUGACGCGCUGGAGACGGACGGCAAUGGCAAAGUCUCGGGCCCUCAAGGAUUUGGGUUGAACAGCACUAUCAAAAACUUUGCUGCCUGGGUAUCCACGUGGAACGCAGAAUCUUGCGGUGAGGACGAUCAGGAUGCAUGCUAUGGUUCCCGUGAUCCCACGAAUCCUGCGUACAGUAAUACCACUAUUGAUCAAGACUCUCGCUCCUGGCAGUGGACCACUUGCAACUUCGCUGGAUGGUGGGAGGUCUCAGCUCCAAACCAUUAUCCUUCACUGGUUUCACGCUUGAUCACGCCUAAGUAUGAUGAGCGUGAUCUUUGUCAGAACUUCUUCCCAGAAGCAUACCCAACCCUCCACUCGGCAAAUGUUAGCUACGUAAAUAAUGCCUACGGUGGAUGGCAUAUGAACGCCGAUCGUCUGAUUUUCUUGAACGGAAACCGCGACCCAUGGAAGUUCGCAACCGUGUCGUCCGAUUACAUCAACCGCACGUCCACCCCCAAUCAACCGAUUACCGUUUCGGAUGGGUUCCACUGUUCAGAUCUUCUCACGGCAAACGGAGAGGCUGACAACACAAUUUACAAAGCACAGCAGCUCGUUCUGCAGUACAUGGAGAAGUGGAUGGACGAUUGGUAUACGGCCCAUCCUAGCUACCCAAAUCCUACAGGCUCUGCUUUAAAAAAAAAGGUUUUUGGAUGA